CGUGAUACUCACCCGCUGUAAAAUGAAGCUCCGACUUUAAAACCACAUUGUUGCCGCCAUUUUAGUUGAUCUCGAAUCAAUCAAGAGAAGCUGUGAGAGAAAAGCGCAGAGAAACUUUCAAGACUUAAUCUUAGGUAAAUCGGAUUUGUAAAUUGAAUUUCUUCCGGAGAACAAUCAUUUUUUAGAGAACUAGAAAUUUGAAGUUUUUAUGAAGAAUUGUGGUUGAUGUCCGGGCAAGUCUAAUUAAAUGUUUGAUUUCAUAGAAAAAGUAAACAAUAAAGUAAAGGAGACUGGAAAUCAUUACUUUUCUCCCCCAAUAUUCGUAACACAACAUAAAUAACACAUAAUUUAACUCAACUGUAUGUCUCAGCUGCUCAGCUGUAUUCAUCAUUUUUGUCAUGAUUUUAUAUGCUCACGAUUAUGUAGAGGUUUGAUGAUUAUACUCAUCUCUAGCUAAAUACUUUACAUAUGUUUGUUGGAUGCUUAAUAAUAUUGUUUGCAACGAAAACAUUUUUUAAUUUUGCUUACUUAGGUUAACCUCUUUAUCUAUGCCAAUUUUUAGGUUUUUGCAUGCUAUAUCAUAGUCCUGAAAAAUCCAAAUUUUGAUUUGAAAAGUAUCUACCUGUUAUAUAUUACCUAACGUUUGAACAGCUAUAGAUGCUAGAUCCAUCAUCUUCCCUUUCCUGUGGGUUUCUUUUAUUGUUGGACAGUGAAUUAUUAUGUACUUUCUCCGAGGUGAAUAGAUUAGCUUUAAUAUUCAAAUGCAUGCAAAAAUGACAUCCUUCGAUUAAUAACCCCAAUGUUUGUUUAUUGGAAGACUGAGAAUUGCUUAUAAGGUUCUGCUUUGGCAGCCAACUCCCGCUGUUUAAAUUUUUAAUAGGAGCGCAGGUCAUGUUUUUACCAAGUUAUUUUUUUUAAUUCUCUCAAAUAUUGUAUCUGGGAAAGACAUUAUGCACAUUCGGCAACCUUAUAACAUGACAAGUUGUAAUCUGCCUGAAUUCAAAUUGGUGAAGUGCCGUUGGUCAGUAGGACGACUUUGACAUCACGUAAGAACAUUUUAGUUGUCAACAUCCAGUUUGCUGACUGUCUUUCUCCCAAGUAUUAUGAGAUAUAAACUGCACUAUUAUCUUAGGUUCUCACUUUCUUAAUUCAGUAAUUGGCAUUGCAUAAGAAUGUCGAACUUAGUAUAGAUCAUACUUAUCAGUUAAUUUACAUAAGAUUAUUGUUAUAAUUCCAGGUAUUACCUCGCAAUGUACAUUGAACUAAAAAAUCAAAUUUGAAGGCUGAAAUGAGAUGUAAUGCAUGCUGGCGAGAGUUGGAUGGACGGGCUGUCACCACCACUUGUGGCCACCUUUUUUGCCCUGAAGACACCAAUAAGAUUCUCAGCAAUGAUGCUGCUUGCCCAAUAUGUGAUCAAGUGCUCUCUAAAAGUCUUAUGAAACCUGUGGACAUAAAUCCAAAUGAUGAAUGGAUAAAUAUGGUCAUGGCUGGGAUAUCUCCUCAGAUAUUAAUGAAGAGCGCAUACAGAAGUGUAAUGUUUUAUAUUGGUCAAAAGGAUUUGGAGAUGCAAGCUAAGAUGAACAAAGUAGUAGGUCAAUGUCGGCAGAAAUGUGUAGCAAUGCAAGAGAAGUUCACGGAGAAAAUAGAGCAGAUCCAUACUGCAUACCAGAAAAUGGCUAAGAGGUGCCAGAUCAUGGAGCAAGAGCUUGAGAGCUUGUCUAAAGACAAGCAAGAGCUGCAAGAAAAAUUUUCGGAGAAAUCCAGGCAAAAAAGGAAACUUGAGGAAAUGUAUGAUCAAUUAAAAAGUGAAUACGAGUCGAUGAAACGAUCAGCAAUUCAACCUGCAGACAGCUUCUAUACAAGAGUAGAGCCUGAUUUGUUCUCAAGUCCUGCUACUAUGGUGCGGAGUAGAGAUGCUACUAGAAAAGAUUGGUGGGUUCGCACUCCUGAAACUCCAGGACCACGAGAGGACCUGUGGCCAGGAAGACAGAAAAGUUCCAACUCUGGGCCCUUUGACAUAUCAAAUGGUUCACCCGGGAAACACUCAACAGUUCCAGUUGAUGCCGGAAACAGGAUGGCUGGUGCUCGCUCUUCUUUUGGCGGUGGGAGUGGAAUAGCUAGCAAUCCCUCGAUGACUCUAAGGAAUCUUAUCCUUUCACCUAUAAAGCGGCCUCAGGUUGUAGAUCGGAGAGAGCUCACUCUGGUUCGGCCAACUUUUGUUUAGCCUUUCAGUUCUUGUAUGAGGUCCUCCUUAAGUUGACUUGUCAAGAGAAAUCAUAAAAAAACUGCAUUUAUGGACCAGUAGAUUCACUCUUGUAAAGAUGGCUUGAUAAUUGAGCAACACUGCAAUGAAAAUAGUGUAGGCUUGCUCGUGUCGAAAUUUUUGUUCAACAAUUUCGAUCUUUUCUUCAUUGAUGCAAGGGUUUGAUUUGAGUAGAAAUGCAUUCCUUUCCAUGUGUUCACGGCUUCAAUUUAGUAUUUGUAUCUUUUCUGCGUACCUGUGUAUGUUCAAACGCCUACAUGUUUGCAUA